AUGCAGGUUAAAAACCAGAUUUGCACCGAGCGGAGCAGCACGGACAGCACGGACGACCCAGAACAAGAUGACAGCGACAAGAAGACCUCUUGUUUCUCCAACAUCAAGAUAUUUUUGGUGUCGGAGUGUGCGCUCAUGUUGGCACAAGGCACCGUCGGCGCCUAUCUGGUGAGUGUGUUGACUACUUUGGAAAGACGGUUCAAUCUGCAGAGUGCUGAUGUUGGCGUCAUUGCAAGCAGCUUUGAGAUUGGCAACCUGGCCCUAAUCUUGUUUGUUAGUUACUUUGGCGCCAAAGCUCACCGUCCCCGUCUCAUUGGAUGUGGUGGUAUCGUGAUGGCUCUCGGGGCUUUGCUGUCUGCCCUACCCGAGUUUCUGACUCAUCAGUAUGAGUAUGAAGCCGGAGACUCCUGGCACGCGGAGGAUGGCAGGGACGUGUGCUCCAACAGGACCAGGUCAGAGAACAGAGAUUCUGGCUUCAACUGUGACAACCGAGCAAACACCAACAUGAUGUACCUGCUGCUUAUCGGAGCUCAGGUCCUGCUGGGCAUUGGAGCUACGCCUGUCCAGCCUCUGGGAGUGUCAUACAUUGAUGACCAUGUCCACAAAAAGGACUCCUCAUUGUAUAUAGGUAUUUUGUUUUCAACAUUGGUGUUUGGUCCAGCAUGUGGCUUCAUUCUGGGGUCUGUCUGUACCAAAGUUUAUGUUGACGCUGUCUUCAUUGACACCAGUAAGCUGGACAUCACCCCAGAUGACCCUCGCUGGAUCGGGGCGUGGUGGGCUGGCUUCCUCCUGUGCAGUGCCUUACUCUUUGUAUCAGCCCUCUUCAUGUUCGGUUUCCCCCAGGCUUUGGAUGAGCAGGGCCUGGACUCUGGAGCGGAGAGCGAGCAGGCCAUGCUGCCAUCCUCUCUCACCUUGGACAGACCCAAAGCAUCUAUCCAUGGCUUUGAUAUAAACAGUGGCCUAUCAGUCUGCCAACACCUGAGAGUGAUACCCCGGGUGACCAGGCACCUUCUCUCCAACCCCGUGUUCACCUGUAUUACCCUGGCAGCCUGCAUGGAGAUAGCUGUGGUUGCUGGCUUUGCUGCCUUCUUGGGGAAAUACUUGGAACAACAGUUCAAUCUUACCACCUCCUCUGCCAAUCAGCUACUCGGUAUGACAGCCAUCCCUUGUGCAUGCCUGGGCAUCUUCCUGGGAGGACUACUAGUGAAAAAGCUGAAUCUGUCAGCGCUGGGAGCUGUGCGCAUGGCCAUGCUCGUCAACCUUAUCUCCACUGCCUGUUACGUCUCUUUCCUCUUUUUGGGCUGUGAUACUGGGCCUGUGGCUGGAGUUACUGUUGCAUAUGUCAAUGAGACAUUACAUUCCUGGCAGAUGCCUGAGUCUGCAUGCAUCAGUAACUGUAACUGCUACACAGCAUCAGUGAGCCCUGUGUGUGGUUCCAAUGGAAUCACCUAUCUCUCAGCGUGCUUCGCUGGCUGCACCAAACGAAACUUGACAAGCUGCACAUGUGUAUCGAGCAGCAGUGAGGAAGCUGUGGCUUUACCUGGGAAGUGCCCGAGCCCAGGCUGUCAGCAAGCCUUCCUCACCUUCCUCUCCAUAAUCUGUGUGUGCAGCAUGAUUGGAGCAAUGGCCCAGACCCCCUCAGUCAUCAUACUCAUCAGAACUGUAAGCCCUGAGCUUAAGUCCUAUGCCUUGGGGGUAUUGUUCCUGCUCCUCAGACUUAUAGGCUUCAUCCCUCCCCCGCUCAUCUUUGGAAUGGGCAUCGAUUCCACCUGUCUGUUCUGGAGCUCCGUGUGUGGAGAGAAAGGUGCCUGUAUGCUGUAUGACAAUGUGUCCUACAGACAUCUGUAUGUGAGCAUCGCCAUCGUGCUCAAGUCCUCAGCCUUCCUACUGUACGCCACCACAUGGCAGUGUCUGAGGAGGAACUACAGGAAGUACAUUAAGAACAGUGAGGGCUACCUGACACCCACUGAACUCUUCUCAUCUAAUGUGACCCUGGACAAUCUGGGCAAAGACAUCACCAUCAACACAGCCAACAGGACAAAGUACAUUUAUAACCUGGAGGACCACGAGACCAGUGACAACAUGGAGUCAGUUUUAUAGUCUGUACCAUAGACUGAGCCGAGUUAGGGCUCUGUGUUUGAAUCCAUAGAAUGCCCAC